UCGGGUUAAAGAUUUCGGAACGCACACUGUUCCAUUUUUGCUCCCUUUUACCGCUUUACUUAACCCGUUGCAUUCUUUGGGGGUUAGGGUGGGAGCCGGAGCUUUUUGUUUUCCUUUGGGCGUUUAGGCUCGUCGUUGAACGAAUCGAACACCAAGACGAAGCUGUCGUACAAGCAACUCAUCCCGUUCGAAUAAGAAUAUCAGACUGAACCAUGCUGGAAGCAACAGCAUAUCUGCUGUGUAAGAUCGGCGGCAAAGCCGGCAGUGCCGAUGAUAUCAAGGCCGUACUGGAGGCAGCGGGAGCCGCUGUGGAUGAGGACCAAGUUUCCAAGUUUGUAGGGGAUGUUGAUGGGAAAGAUGUCAAUGAGCUUCUUGCGGCCGGUAUGGAGAAGGUGAAGGAUGUUCCGCUAGGAGGCGGUGGUGGUGGAGGCGGCGGCGGUGGCGGCGGAGAUGGUGGCGGCGCCGCAGCAGCAGAAGAAGAGAAGGAAGAAGAGGAAGAAGAAGAGGCCGACAUUGGCGGUGGAGAUAUGUUUGGAGGAGGAGGUGAUGGCGGUGACUAUUAGAUCAAUUGUUAUACCAGAAACACUCCCCAAUUCAUUCCUCGGAUUCCGACCUCAAUGCUCGUUGCUUGCUUGCUGGUACAGUUUGUACCGUUUCUCCAGCACACAAUCUACCUAGCUAGCUAUUGAAGCUGAGCUUUGCGCUUCUAUUGAAGUCACUGCCUAGAUGAAUACACAUAUCAUUUCUGCAUGAGUUAUCUGAAUUUGCGUUCGUUGAGUUUGCCAUUAUAGUCCUGGAUG